CCCCCCCCCCAAUCAUCAUCCAACAAAUUGUGUUGUGCCCUGGCACGGCACCAAUCCUGAGUCCUCGCUCCCGGCCGCAGUGCGACAGCUCGUCUCCUCGAACCUGCAUCGUGCCAACGCGGACGUUGCCCGACCUGUCCUUUGUGCCCACCCACCGAUCCUCCGGCCCGUCACGACUGCUCACCUUUCUGCUUUCUUCACGUCCGCUCCGCGAGCGGCGUUCCACACACGUGCAAAUCACGUACCUGCAUCCCACCGUCGCGCAUCUGUGCUUUUGCUCCGCGCCUUCCAAGUCUCGGCGAACUCCAGAACCGUCCCACAAGAGAGGGGAGAGCCUAAGCAGAAACUAUCCGCGGGAAAGGAUUGUUGGCUCCAAUCACGUUUUCCCUUCCCUCAUACAGCUCCAACGAGUCAGUCGUCUUCACCAACCCGCAGCGCCUGUUCCCGUUCGGGCCAUUGCCGCCUUCCACAUCACGCGUCUGCGGCCGUGUUGCCUCCCCUUCGAAUGCAGUCAGUGCUGGACUAGCAUCCCGCCGCGAGCUCACCUCUGGCAGAGCCGGCUGGAUCUCUUAAGAAGAUCGCAAUGGAAUUCGCCGACGAUGAGCUAAUGUUCUCCCGCUUCAGCGUCGUCGACUCGAUGCUCUCCUCGCUCUCCAACAGCCAGCACGACCUGCACACCCACGACAUCUACUCGGCCCAGCCAGGUUUGGCCGCUGCCACGCACAGGCAAGCCCCCGCCGCCAGCAACACCGGCAGACGAAGGGGGCACACUCAAUCCUCGUCCAUGAGCGACUACGACGCCAGCGCCCACGUCGAUGACGUUGCUCGCAGCUACUCCGAAUACCACGCGAGAGGCCGCCACGGCUCCAAGAACCACACGAGGCCGCUGACUGGCAUCAAGACCGCCUCCAAUGCCAACGGCACAGAUCCCUUCAAGCACACACGCGGCGGCGUCACGCGAGGAAGUAGGGGCAGCGGCUCGUCGAGCGUCGAUCUGGGCUACAAGAGCUCGGUUAUGACCUCGCGCGCCAUACCUCACCGCGCCGCCAGCUUCGAUCAUGGCUAUUCGCCCCAGAAGAACUUCUCACACGCACCCGGCAAGGACUCUCCCGUGCCCUUGGACUACACGGCCUUCGACGCUGCACCCACACCCACGGUUCCCGCGGGGCCGAGACGGCCAUCUGAGCCUGUGUCGCCCCUAGUGGGACCAAUGUCGCCCAAUCCGGCCAAGCAGAGGUCGGCUCCGUCGCGUAGGAACAGCAUCAAAUCCACGGCAGGCAAAAGCCUGAAAAAGUCAAAGAGCAGCGCGCCCGUCAGCAGCGACAUUCGCGACCAGGCCAAGCAGUUUGUGCAGUACACGUCCAAUGCACGAAACACGGCACAUCCAAUGCCGGUGCCGCUUCCACCGCAUCAGCAGCAGCAGCAGGCGAGCGGUGCAGCCCCGAGCCCGACAGUGGCCACGAUACGGAAGACGCAACCAGCUGCCCCGGCCCCUCCACCCAAGGAGCAGAAGCCCGGCUUUUUCAGACGAGUCUUUGGAUCGUCCAAGCACGAGAAACAGCCGACACAUCACGAUGAGGUGCAUCGGCCGCCAUCUCCGGCCGCCGUGCGUAAGGCGUCGUUGGAUGCAAAUAAUACCCGACCGCGUACCCAACCUAGCCAGCAGAAUCCGAACAUGCAGUUCAAGACGACGUCGUCCGCGGCCGCGGCAUCUGCGAUGUCGUCGCGACCCCCCACCCAGGAUGCCUCUGGGUCAUCUGGCUACGCACGAGAUCAGGCCCCGCCCCUACCACUGCGGAAGGCGCACUCAUCCUUCUUUAGACGCAGGAAGAAGUCCAUAUCUGAUAAUGCCCCGCCGCCUCCCGUGCCGCCCCUAGAUUUGCCGCUACACAAGAGCGUGGCCGCGCUCAACAUCGCACCGACGCAGAAUAGCCCGGGCGCGUCCAGCCUUCGGGCCGCCAUGACCCCGUACCUGGACCAGACUGCCAGCCCCCAAGACAUGUUCUUCGACAGUCGCGAGCAGCAGUCCGAAAGUCCCGCAGCCACGUACGCCGGUUUCUCGGCCUCCAUUCCUGACGGCCUGCGGCGGACCAGUUCUCGCCAGGGUACGCACACGAGCCUUGUCAGGGCCGUGACUGCCGACAAGCCGUCCUCGCGGACGGUCCAACCAAAUGUUACGGGUAACUUCGAAAACGGCUCGUUUCUGGUGGACACUAGCAGCAAUGAGGCCAUGGACAGCUCGUCGCCUAUCGACCCUGCAGACGAUCUUGGCAUCAUCACCACCAAGCGCAGCAACUCAAAUAGCCAGGUUACGUCCGAUCCUUUUUGGAACCAGAACAAGGGCAAGACAGGCGGCUCCGGCGUGGGGGGUCCCACAACUCGAAAAGCAAACAUCGGCGAGAAGCGGGCAGAGCUCAGCCCCAUUUCCGAUCGCUCUCAACAGCAGCACGAGCAUGUGGACCGGGCGCAUUUCCUGCGCGACAACGCUGCCGACGCGGACGCGGACGACGGCGAUGAUGAUGAUGAUGACGAGGGCAUCGUCAUCUCCGUCAAGCGGCGGGAGAGUGUCCAGAAGAAUGCAAACAAGACGCGCAUGUGGCUCGAUGCCUCGUCUUCGGACGAGAAGCUGGUGGACUCAUUACGCCUACAGCUUCCACUCGAAGGCCCCAAGGCUACGGAGCACCGUCGCCCCUCGCUGUCCAACGAGCAGGGUUCGCCGUCGAGUGAGGGCGAGGUCUACAUGUCAGCAUCGAGCCUGCCUGCGCUACAGGUUGGCGACCGUGAGAUGCGUAUGUCGAGGGAGUACAUCGACGUCGAGACGGCUAAAGCCAUCAUGGCCGACGAUCUGCUUCAAAUCACCCAAUCGGACCGCGAUCGUGCACGUGCCGUGUUCGACGGCGACGAAGAAUUCGUAUCGAAGGCUGGCGCAGCGGCGUGGCUGGGCCAGACGACGCCCCUGAGCACCAGGACGAGAAAGGCCUACAUGGAGCUGUUCGAUUGGCAGGGCAUGAACAUCCUGGCCGCGUUCCGGGAACUGUGCGGACGCCUCGUCGUCAAAGCCGAGUCUCAGCAGCUUGACCGCGUUAUCGAGGCGUUCUCAUCGCGCUGGUGCGAGUGCAACCCCAACCAUGGCUUCAAGGAUCCGGACGUGGUCCACACCAUUACUUUCUCGAUCCUGAUGCUCAAUACGGACCUCCACAUUGCCGAUAUCGACCAGCGCAUGACACGCAGUCAGUUUGUAAAGAACACGCUGCCCACCAUCCGCAGCAUCGCUGACGCCGCCGCCCCCGGCGCCACCGACACCGUCAGGGCCAAGGGAAAGAACGCUAGGGACCAGAUGCUGUUGGACCGUUCGGACGCCCCAGAACCGGAGUCUUCCGCACAGCUGCAGCCGCCGCCGCCAAAGCGACGGCCCUCGCUCGACCUCAAGCGCAACCGGUUAUCCAUCAGACCGCCGGCGCGUAGCGACUCGUAUGACGAGUCUGGUUCGUCUGACGGCUGCAACAUCCUCGUCAAAGCGCCCUGCGCCGGCUCCAUGAAGGAUUGGGAGACGCAAAUCGAGAUUGUUCUGCGAGAGUUCUACAACUCGAUACGCCAACAACGUCUACCCCUUCAUGGACACGGUGCGUCGCCAGCCAACCUCAGCGCGUCAGAGAACUCACAGCAGACGGGACUGACCGUAUCCGGCAACGGGCUUCGUCGCACGCCCAGUGUGCUGUCCAAGGCUCCUUCCGAGAACGCAUCUUAUCGCGGCCGGUCGGGCGAACACAGCCGCUUCAACACAGCCCGCUUUGCGUCCAAGAAUCGGUCGCGGCCACGCGUGUACCCGAACUCGACCGUCGGUUCCAGCAGAACCAGCCUGGACGACAACUCGGUGUGGUCGCCUGCCGCGAGCACGUGGAGCAAGUACUCGCUCAGCAAGACACAGACCUCGACUAUGUCGGUCGAGUCGUUCGGCUCACACUUUGCCCAGCCCGACUACCAAAAGGCUAUUGGCUUCGCCAACGCUCUCAGCCAAGCCAUCAUCCGCGAGGAAGGCAUGAACGGCCCGCCCAUUCCCGACGAUCUCAGCGGCCGCGUCGUGCCUCUGCUCGAUGACGACACGCUCGAACUGAUUGGUCCGCCGUGGGCCAAGGAGGGCAUUGUUAAGCACAAGCACCACCUCGAAUCGCUCGACAAAAAGGCCAAGGACCGCAACUGGGUCGAGUGCUUCGCCGUCAUUGAGAAGGGCUGGAUCAAGCUCUUCUCGUUCACUAGCAGGAACAAGAACACCCGUCAGCGCGCCAAAUCCCGCAGCGCCGGAGCCGGAGGCCCCGCGCUGGUCGGUGGCGGCAACUGGACCGAGAACGCAGAGUUGCUCAGUGAAUUCCUACUGCGUCAGACGAUCGCAAGCGCACUGCCCUUCCCGGGCUACUCCAAGAAUCGACCACAUGUGUUCGCUCUUAGCCUUCCAACGGGCGCCGUGCACCUGUUCCAGGUCGGCACAGCCGAGAUCGUUAAGGAAUUCGUGACGACGGCCAACUACUGGUCCGCGCGGCUCAGCAAGCCGCCCCUCGUUGGCGGCGUCAGCAACAUCGAAUAUGGCUGGGGCGAUAGCGUGUUGAAUCCGGCGUUGAUGCUGCAACGACCCGAGUCAGCGACGCCGGGUCAGACACCUGGUACGUCGUCGUCAAACCACAGCGGUCUCGUGGGUCGCACAAGCAUGAACGCAGCGCCAUCCAGCCCUGUCCGCAGGAGCGACGACGUGGCGUCCGUCGGAUACAGGAUGCGCCUUCCUGGCGACAAGGUUGUCAUCUCAGAUUGGUCGCCGCCGACCCAGAGCAUGAUGGCCAGCCAGCUCAUGGAGGUGGAUCAACUCCGCGAGCUGAGCACGUACGUGGCGAAUGUGGAAGACGAGCUCACGAAGCACAAUGAAUUGCGCCCGCUCAUGGGCAUGGCCUUCUCACCCCGCCACCCCAACGCCGCCAAGGCGAUGGCAAACUGGGAGAAAAAGUCGGCCUAUCUGCUUCGCGAGAUCGUCAAGUUCAAGACGUAUGUGGACAGCCUCAAGGCCGCACAGCAGCAAAAGGAAGUUGUUCUUGCGGAGCGCGAGGCUCGCGCUGCCGAAAAAACGGCACGCGAAGGCGACGAUGCCGAAGACGCAGCAAACCAGCAGAAGCAGCAGGAGGAGGCGAGCACCACCGCCGCGGACGACGCGGAAUCUAGCCCAAACACGACCACCAACACCCCCGUUCCUGCACUUCCCUUUGCAGCGCCACCUGUUCCUCCAAAGACCGCCCAAUCGACCUAGACGUACCAAUUUUUUUUUUUUCCAAUUCUUACUUCUUUUUCGCUCUGCUUAGACGUGAGCUUGGCUAAUGCGGUGUUCUAUUUCUCGUUCGAAUAUACAGACCGCGACGAUAAUGACUGUUAGAACUCCAGUUCGAUCCCGCAGAGGCAAGAAGAGGCGCACGAUGGCCACGAGCGCGCCGCAACCCGGGUCGAUGCGCUUGAUGCGGCUUGACACACCCACGUUGCCGGAGGAGAGGGAAGGCGAAGACUUUGAGACGUACGUUGAGCGCGUGGUGGACUGUGAUCCCUUCUGGAGUAUGGUCAACGCCACGACCGGUCGCACGAGGCGGCGAAGGCGCACUUUUUCGUAAUGCUUUUGAUCGGUGUUUUUUUCUUGUUUUUUUUUUUUUUCAACAAAGCACGCAUAGCAUCGUUGCCACGCAUUCGUGCGUGUGGACGUGUGUGUUUGAUAGAUGCAAGCAAAGAAAGCAAUCUGGUAUAGAUGGGGAAAAAAAGAAAUUAUCGGCAGGUCCAAGGUGGGGGAGUUGUAUUAUUUGUCGGGCAUCAUUUUUUUGGGCGUUUCUUUUUAUGCAUGUCUUCUUACCCAUGUGUUUUACUAUACGCAUGUCUUUUGGCAACCAUGGGAUACAUACUUUGAAAGGGCAGGAUAAGAAGUUGAAUGGAGGCACUAGGUUUGGAGUUCCUCUCGAGAUGGGAAAAUUGGGGCUUCACGGAUUGUGUGUCCUUUGCGACCAUUCUUCCAAGCGCCUUAUUGGGCCUUAACUUUUUUUUUUUCCUUCAUCUUUUGGCCUGUCUUUUUGUUUUCUCUUCUCCCUGUUCUGCCUUUCUGUGUUGGAUUCUUCAUCGUUUGCUCUGGCUAUAUACCCACAAUGCC